AUGAGCUCUGAAUAUCGAUCUUACAGUAGCAGGAGGCAUGACGAUGGCCGGAGCCACCAUGACAGCUACCACUCGGAACGACAUCACCGGUCGAAUGGACAUGGCCGCGAUUCCAAAGACAGUGACUUUUGGGCCAAAAGGCGGAAACUUAGAGAAUCGAUUGGCGCAAAUGGAGUUAGCUACUUGUGGGCAUCUUCACCUUCAGCUGAGGAAAAUAGUGACUUGGAAGAGGAAGACAGCAAAAUAAUUGGUCCCAAGCUUAGUCGUGAAAUGGAGAAAGAAACGAAAAAGCAUCGGUCUAAAAAAUCUAAAAAAGAAAAAAAGAGCAAAAAGGAAAAGAAACAUAAAAAAGAGAAAAAGAAGAAAGUGAAAAAGGGACGACGAGAAAGCUCUUCAGAAGAUGCUUCUUCGCAAAACUCAGACGACGAAACUCAGAUUCGCUUCCGAACGGUUGAAGAGGAGCAGUUUGUGCGGGAGCUCAAUGAAAAGAACAAACGCGCUGAAAAUUCUGAAGAGGAGGACAUUGUUGGGCCACUUCCAAAGUCCUCCGUUGAGAUCAACAGCAAGGACUUUGGUAAAGCGUUGCUACCAGGUGAAGGUGCAGCUAUGGCCGCCUUUGUGCAAGACGGCAAGCGAAUUCCCAGAAGAGGUGAAAUCGGCCUUACCAGCGAUGAGAUUGCCUCCUAUGAAGACGUCGGAUACGUGAUGAGUGGUAGCCGACAUCGUCGAAUGGAAGCUGUCCGUAUUCGAAAGGAGAACCAGAUUUACAGCGCUGAUGAGAAGCGAGCUUUGGCGAUGUUCAACAAGGAGGAGCGCUCCAAGCGCGAGACCAAAAUUCUCUCUCAGUUUAAAGAAAUGAUCAAAUCGAAGACAUCAAAGCAUUAA